AUGAAUGAGGACCUGCUCCAGGAUGACUUCUUGGACCAGCAGGAAAACUGGUUGCCGGCCAACUUGGCCGAAAUUGAGAACCGGGAAGGCGAUACUCUUGAGCAGAAUGGUACCUGCGAAGAAGCCGCCGCACAGAUACGUUGUGGUGGAAGUACAGAAAGCAGCUCCAUUGGAAAUGAGUCCAUCGGGACCAGCACUCACUGCCUUGAAUCAAAUGGCAGCUUGGCCAGAAAUCCUGAUGGGCAGGACAGAUCUGUAGGUGGCAGUGGUAGCAGCAGCAGCAGGUAACACUUUUUGCCAGUUUGGUGAAAAGCUUGACCACAUUCUGAUUCUAAAGUUGGCACUUGUAAUGUGCCAUGGUUGAAACCAGGAGCUGCUGGAACUGCUGGGUCUGAAUUUAGGAGCCAAGCACCAUAUAUAUGGGGCACAUUUGGAGGUAUUCAAGUAUAGACCAGUAAAUUGUGGUCACAGAGUGACACUUGGGGGAUGAAUGGAUGCAAAGUUCCAGGGAGGAGCAGGUAACUCCAUCCUCCUUUCAUCUCCACCAUCCAAGAAUUGGGUGGGCUCAGUACCACCCCCCCAAAUCGGGUAACCUUCACUGAUCCAUGUAGUGCUUGCUUUGGGAUGAAGGCAUUCCCAUCAUAUUAACCAGAUUUGGCAGGAGUGAAAUAAGAAAGAGUUGCCAGCUGAUUUCCUCCACGCAGAGCAGAAAUGCCCUUCUAAAGGCAGUACUGGGUUAAUGCAGCCUUGGCCAGCCUGGUGCCUGCCAGUUGCCUUGGACUAAAAGUGGGUUAAUCCCUUAAUCCACAGAUCCUUUCAUGCAACAGCAGACUUCCCGCAAUUGUGCAUAUGAUUGGCAUUGGGGGGGGGAGUUGCAAUAAAAAUUUAAAACCACAAUAGUGAGGCACAGCAAGUAAGUAAAUUAAACCACAGGAGACUUCAAAAGCCACCAGAAUACAUACUUUUUUUAAAUUAAAAACCCCAGGGAAAGAAAGAAUUGUUCCUGGCCUUCCUAGAGAGGCCAUUCUACAGCUCUGGAGGCAAUUGCAGAAAAGGCUAUGCUCCUAGCCAUGCCUCUUGGAAAGUGGGAUAUGGAGCAGGGUUCAAAGAGGGGGCAUAGGAGUCCAUAUAGAGGGUGCUAUUAUCUUGGGCCAUAAUGGCUUUUAAAGGCAUGCUUCAGUGCUCUCAGGUAUUUUAGCUGAGGGCCAGGCAGUCUGAAGUGUUUAUGAGGCUCGUGACAAGAAAUGUAGAGCCUGGAAUGUGCAAAGUGCCAUAAACAAAUAGGGUUCCAUGCGCCAGCCUUGCCCACAUGUUGGUCCUGUUAGAUGACAGAGCUCCAGGUCCUUCUUUACAGCACAAGGAGCAACCUUUCUUUGUGCUGGAGCAAACAUGGCUUUCAGCUUCUCCCCACCCAAAGCAGAUAUCACCUAAGAAAGGCCCUUCUUUCUCAAAUGUGCUGUUGUGCGUUUUUUUUUGUAUUCAUCUGCAGUGAGCUGCUUUGUUGGAACCAAAGUAAUAAUAGAAAGCUGAAGCUGCUGAUCCAGGAAAUGAAACAAUAUCUCCCUGCAGAGCAGGUGGAGAGUUGCAGCAAGGCCAGCACCCUCUGUGCCCUGAACUACGCUCUCAAGUGUGUCCAGCAGAUCCAAGGUACGUGGGUGCAUUUGAAGAAAUCCCACACUGCAUGUGUCGGCCUGUGCCCCAACUCCCAUCCAUUGGCAUGGCUGUAUGAUGCUGGGGAUUGAGUCCAGUGUUCUGGAGGGUGCUGAAGGGUGGCACAUGUAAUGGCAGUUUCCUGGGUUCCAUCUCUCUUGUGCUCUCUCACAUGAGCAAGCAGUGUAACCCAGGAGAGUGCACCUGCCAAGGCAGGGACUAUGAGAGGGCACACAGAAUAUGUUGGGCUUUCAGGAAGGGGCCACUGGCCGCUCGUGGUGUUCAGUGACGGCAUGACUUUGAAUUCUUCCUUAGAAAGGGAUCUUGAAUCUGGCAUGGUCAUUUUACAAGCAGGGUUACGUAAGAAAUACCCAAAUUUGCCACCUGCUCAUUGCUGAUUUAUCCCCUCUGCCUCUUGCUUCCCUUGCCUUCUCACCAGCUGACAACAAAGUUUCUAAGGCUUUUGGUAAGCAUGGAGCACAUCAGACCAAUGCCCCUGUGUAUGGAGUGGAAGAGCUGGCAGCCAUCAUGUCUGAGCACGCCCCCAAAAACACAGUAAGUGACCCGAAUGCUAAUUGGGGCUCUUUGCUCAUUUUAGGUGUACUGGUCAAAGAGUUAGCAGCAGCUCAAAGAUGCUUCAUAAAACGUAACCACCACAAAAUGGCUGUUGUCUUCCUUCGCUGUAAAGCAUCUCUGCUUCACUCUUAGAGAAGGGAUGACAGAGACCUCCCAAGAAGUGCUAAUGAGUGAUAAAAGCAGUGAGCAGGAAGUGGUGGAUCUGUCUGUGUGCAGGUCCCUGGGACACUUUUGUUUCUCAGCCUCUGGAAAACACAAGGCCGCUAGAGUUCUGUGUUGAUGUCAGUAACCUAUCUCCAUCCUGAAUCAGGUGUGUGGGGGGGGGAACCUUUUAGAUGAAGCAAGGCCACAUUCCCUAGUAGGUGGGGCCAGAAGCUGAAAGCAAGGCAGAGCAAGAGAUGUGUCCCUUAGCUUUGAACAGCUGGCUACAUUUCAACCAGAGAAUUUCUUAAACAUAUCUCCAUCUCCAUCCUCCACCUAGGCAAGCAGGAAAUCUUCUCAAACCUCAGGACUCAUUCCUCUAGGCAAGAAGCACUUGGUGGAGGGCAUGGAGUGGGGCUGCUGGUAGAGGAGCAGGGCUUGAGGAGAAUCCCGAGAGAGGGAGGCACGGAGGGCACAUUUGACCCUUGGACCUUAAGGGCCCUUGCUUCUGGUGUAAGGACAUACCAUGUAGCUGAGAAGCGGCAGGUGGCAACUGGAUCCCAAUUUGUAACGUGAAAACUGAACACCUGUGUCUCUCUGUGAUCUUGUUGGCUUGCCAAGUGGCUCCUGCUGUUCUGGCUGUGCUUGAGGAUUGUGCUUCUUUUCCUCCAGGAUACCUUUGUAGCCAUCUUUUCAUUGCUCUCCGGGCGGACUGUGCAUGUCUCUGAGCAAGCCGCCUCUGUCCUGAAUUGCAAAAGGAAAUGCUUGGAGUCCUGCCGCUUUGCAGAGCUGUUGGCUCCCCAGGAUGUGGGCGUCUUCUACACGCACACCAACCGGGCUCACCUGCCACUUUGGAACACGGAGGCCCCAAAAGGUGAUUUGCCCUGCCCGGGGAAAUUUCAUGUUAUGUGCAAGGUUGUAUAAAAUGCAAAACACUUGAAUGAGUUGUAAAUAUUGUGCAUCAGAUAAACACAGAAAAUUAACUGGUUUACCAGUAAUUCUUGUGUUGCUAUUACAAUAUUGUAGGACAUAGUCACUACCUAACCCAAUGGGGGGGAGGGGGGAACACUCCAAUCUGCAGGCCAGAUUUGACCCGACAUGUGUCCCAAUUUUUGCGGGGCUGUUUCAGCUUCCACACACCUGAUGUCACCUGUGACAUCUGUAUGGGACAGGUAGAGAUGUGACUGAGUUGGCUGUGCAGCCAAGUUCCUCACAGGGCAUUUGAUUGUUCAGCCAGUCCCUGCAGAAAGCAUCGGCUGAAGGGCACUGAGUUUACCCACCGGGCCAGGCAACUGACUUGAGUUCCGCUCCUGGAACUUGAUAAUGGAGCUGAUUCCUGAUGUUCCUCACCAGCUGGCUGCUGGGUGGUUGGGAAGGCCUUUGACAGGUGGACAUGACAUCCUGUCUGUCUGUCAUCUGACAGGACAUCUGGUACUUAACUCGCUCACCUAUCAUAGUUGGCCUGUGGGGUUGGGGACAGAUAAUGUCAUUAAAAACUUGUGCACGCUCUCGCAGCACUGAAAGUUCAGAGACUAAUCCUGGGAGAAAUGGGCUGAGGGCGGAAGGGUGGGCAGGUCAAGGGCACAAAGACGUAGUUGGUCUUCUUUGCAUGCAGCUCAUCUGACCAUGGAACAGGAGCUGAGCGUGAGCUUUUAGUGGCAUAGGAGAGCUGAAAAUAACGCUAAUAUAUUUCACAUUUGGCAACUAAUGCAGCUCUUUGGUUUCAGAUAGUACAUGGGUAGACGAGUCUAAAAAGUCUGAGGCACAAAUUUUCACAGCCCUCUAGCAGCUAUGGUGACUCAUUUACCAGAAGGAAUGUAUUUAGCAUUAACUCUAGAAGUACUGUAUUUUUCCCUCUAUAGGAUGCACCGGACCUCAAGACGCACCUAGUUUUUAGAGGGGGAAAUCAAGAAAAAAAAUAUUAUUCCCCCCCCCCCCAGCCCCAGAGCUUCUCGGGGCUGCGGGGGAAGCCCGGAUCCAUCCCGCUGGCUGUCUUGGCUUCCUCUUUAGCCGCGCGCAACCUCUGCAGCCGGGAGAGGCUGCGCGUGGCUUUCGCAGAAGCCAAGACAGCGAGCGGGAUGGAUCCCGCUCGCUGUCUUGGCUUCCUUUUUAGCCGCGGGGCUGGGGCGGGGGAAGCCCGAGCUUCCCCCAGCCCCCAGAACAGGUCCAGGAGUGGCGGCAAGGUUGCACGCAGCCUUGCCUCCACUCCCGGAGCUGGCGGGGCUGGGGGCGGGGGAAGCCCGGGUCCCCCCCCCUCCCAGCCCCAGGGACAACACAUUCGCUCCAUAAGAUGCACAGACAUUUCACCUUAGUUUUUAAGAGGAAAAAAGUGCGUCUUAUGGAGCAAAAAAUACAGUAUAUACUCAGUUCUAACCAAACUAAGCCUGCUAGAGUGAAAUAUACUUCAACUCCCAUCUUUUCUGGUCUUGGUGGGCAAAAAGGCAAUCUUAGUUUUUGAAGUAGGUCCUGGGGGUGAGAGGGCACUAAGAUGAGCAUGCUGAAAACAAGGAGAAUUAAUAAACAAAUGUUGGUCUCUUCAUGUAUUUUUGCCCUUACAGAUUCACUUUAUGAAUAUGCACAAGUGAAGUCCUUUUUCUGCAGACUAAGGUGAGUAUUAUGCAGGGUUAUGGCAAGAAGAGCGAUGUUACAAGCUAUUUUCACCACAACUUUUCUUUGUGCAUGUUGAUGCCCAAACAUUUUAGGAUGAUAGUGGUGACAUUUCUUCCUAUUACCACCCUGCUUCAUUUUAUGAGAUUAACUGGAAAUAGUCCUUCUCUCCCCCCCCCCCCCGCCCUUGGUAGUACGGAGUAGAAUCUGUGACUACAAGGUGAUCCAGUUUCUUACUAAAAGGAAGUGUUUUGCUGUAGACUGUUCCUACUGUUAUAACACUUUGAUGCUAAAAUGCUGCUCUUCAGAAGAGACAAAGGAAUCAAGCAUCAGAGUGAAUUAACAGAACAGCAGCUUCCUCUUCCUUCUAGCCAGAAACCUAGACAAUCCCUUGCCAUUUGGAGUAAACUUCACCUGUAGCUGACAAAUCAAUGGUUUUCUGUUAUUUUGUUUGCAGGGGAGGCAAAGGUCAGGACCGAGAGAAGCACUACUACCCAUUCCGGAUGACCCCUUAUUUGAUCAACUUCUCCGUCUCUGACCCCAGUGGGCCGAUGUCUUGUUGCUUGGCUCUCGCUGAAAAAAUCCAUUCUGGCUAUGAAGGCAAGAAAAGGGGAACUCCAGUUAAAAUUGGCUGGGCUAAAACCCAAGUGUAUCAUGCUAGAUCCUGUUAUGUUUCCAUCCCAUCUUCUUCUGGGGAUUAACUUUGGGACUGGAUUGCACCCAACAUCCCUGUUAAAUGGGCUGUGUGUGUCUCAUGGAUGUGUCGGGAUAUAGACAAAGCGGAUGCUUUCAAUUCUUGUGUGUGAGCCAGUUUGACAGAACAUUCCAACUUCCUGGUCAGCAUGCAACGGAAUACGGACUGUAGCCAAGUAGACCCACUGAAAUUAAUACCACCUGAGUUAGUCAUAUCCGUUAACUGCAGUGGGUCUGCUCUGAAAGGCACUAACCCUGGAUAAAAAUGCCAUUACUGUGAUCUAAUUUUGUUAAUGAAGGGAGGUUCUAGAUGGAACAGUGUCUCUUUCCUCAGCCUCUUUUGAUAAGGAAAGGCUCCUGAAACCCAAAGAGAGAGUUCCUGAAAGUGUUGAGUGUUGUGGGUCUACUGUCAGAAAGGAAAGUUGUUUGGGUUCACAUGAACCUCUAAGUGGAUCUUGAGCUCUCAGUGAUACUUUGUGUUUCUUUCUUUUAAAUUGUUAGCUCCUCGAAUUCCUGUAGAAAAGAGGAUCUUCACUACCACUCACACCCCAGGCUGUCUCUUUCUGGAGGUGGAUGACAGGUGACGACUUUUAUUGCUGGCAAUGCCAGAGAGAAAUGCCAUUAGGGGCUGAUGCGUUGUCUGUUGCAGGCAUGGGGUGCGCCCCUCUGUGGCCCUCCAGAGCUUGUUGGACUCCAUCUGUGAACUGUCCCGGCAGGCAGCAUGGCCAGGGGUCCGAUGUGGCAAUGGGAGUUGGAGUCUAGCAACACCUGGAGGGCACAGAUGUUCCCCACACAAUGGGUGUAUUGCUUUGUCUUCUCCUAAUAGUAACCAACGAGCUGUCUCCUGAAGGCUUUUGAAAACACCCUGAACUCAUGAAAGGUUCAAUGAACAGCUGAAAAAAUGCAGCCCUCCCAGGGUGGAACCAUUCAUGAAUUAGUGGUGAUGGGAAUGGCCUUUCUGGGUUGUUGACUGAGAUCAUAGCCAACAUGUGCUUAAUAGUGCCAUUUUCUUGAUGUUUAAAAGCCCCCCCCCAACCUCAGUUUCUAUGUCACAAAAGGCUCCCUUACAAGGCUGGUGUUUGCACUGUGCUUUUGUCAAUUGGCCACUGCAUUGCUCGAUUUCAGGGCGGUGCCUCUGUUGGGAUACCUGCCCCAGGAUUUGCUUGGGACGUCCAUCUUGCAGUACCUUCACCCAGACGAUCGACCCAUCAUGGUAGCCAUUCAUCGUAAAGGUAAGUUUCAGUCUCUCAUCUGCCUUUGGACCUGAUGUGGGUGGAGGGAGUGUCCUCAGUGUCACAAGAGGAAGGGAGCAGGUUUUUCCCUGCUCAGCUCCCAUUCCAUGGUCAGACGAGCUGCAUGCAGGGAAGAGGGUGAUGCUGUUUUGGAGCAAUGAGGCCUUUGCACGCAUGCUCUCUCCCCAGAAGUGGAGGCUUCCACUUCCAUGGUGUAGUGCCUUUAGGGGUAGCCACUUCCUCAUCUAAGGGACUAUUUUGGGGACCAUUUGUUCUGCAUGUUUAUUAACUUCAACCCAUUCUGGAUUUUAUUUCAAUUUGUUUCUUAACCUCUUCAUUCAUGCCAUAGAACCCAUACCAAAGGCUCAUGGGAUUGCAGUUGCAAAGGCUCCUGCGAUUGCUAACCGUUUUACUGCUCUUUUCAUGCCAUUUUGAAAUUUCCUGCUCUUUAUGGGCUGUUUUUGCCCUUUUUGCAGUUUAAAUUGAUUUAAUUAUCUCCUGGUCACACAUGAGUAGAACACGUGUAAGUGGGGAGACACCUGUAUUGUGUUCACUGACCAGCAACAGUUCUCCAGGAUUUCGGGCAAGAGUCUCUCCCAACCCUACCUGGAAGUCAUAGAAUCAGAGUUGGAAGGGACCCUGAGGAUCAUAAAUCCAACCCUCUGCAAUGCAGGAAUAGGCAGCUGUCCCAUAUAGGGAUUGAACCUGCAACCUUGGCUUUAUCAGUACCAUGCUCUAUCCUAUCCAACUGAGUUAUCCAAGAUGCCAGAUGCUGAGGAUUGAACUUGGGAUGUCCUACAUGCAAAGCAGACACUCUACCACUGGUGCCCCCCCCCAUAACCUCUCUCCUUCUGGCCGAGAAGAAUGAUAGAACUUUGCAUUAAGCUAGUUCCACUAGGUGUAGGCAGGCCUUUGUGUGCUUCCAUUGGCUGUUGUCAAUCCAGCCUUGUCUUUGUCUCUGGCUUUUACUCAGUUCUGAAGUUUGCGGGCCGCCCUCCCUUCGAGCACUCGCCCAUCCGAUUCUGUACUCAGAACGGGGACUACGUCAUCCUGGAUACCAGCUGGUCCAGUUUUGUGAAUCCAUGGAGCCGGAAGGUCGUCUUCAUCAUUGGGCGGCACAAAGUCAGAACGUAAGCCUCUUGAAGCCAGCGUGUUUGGGGUUUGUCCUCUUUCCCUUGACACCCAGAGCCAAUAAGGAGAAUUCAGAUUGGAUUGAUCCUGUGAUCCUGUGUGUGUGAGCCUGUAGAACUGGUGUAUAGUGGUACCUCGCAAGACGAAUGCCUCGCAAGACGGAAAACUCGCAAGACGAAAGGGUUUUCCGUUUUUGAGUUGCUUCACAAGACGAUUUUCCCUAUGGGCUUGCUUCGCAAGACAGAAACGUCUUGCAAGUUUGUUUCCUUUUUCUUAAAACCGUUAAUACAGUUGCGACUUGACUUCGAGGAGCAACUCAUAGCACGCGGUGUGCGUCUCCGUAGGGGCAAGAACGCGUGAAGGCGGGUUCUGAGGGAGAGGGAGCUUUGUUUCGGCGAAAAAUAGCAAGGCACGCACACUUCCCUCCCCACAACUCCCAGUUAGGGAGGCCAGGCUCCGGUGCUCUUCGGACGGGGCUCCUUCCUUCUCCCCCCCCCCCAGCGCCCCGGCGGUGACAAGAGCGCCUGCCCGGGCCCUCCGGCGCUCGCCCUGCGAGGGGCGCCCCCUACCUGCAUCUCCGCGCUUUCCAACCCCGCGACGUCGAAGGCUGCGGCAAGUUUGCCUCUUGGUGUGUGUGUGCGCGCGAGUGUGUGUUCUCCUUGGCAGCGCGGAAGGUGCCGGGCCAGGCAAAGUCAGCUCGGGAGCCACCGGGGACGCGCCCCCGCGCUCCUCUCCAACGGGCUGGAUGCGCCCCUCCCCGCUCGCGCGCUUCUGGCUGGCUGGCCGGCUGCAGCAGCAACAGGGGCAAUAGGCAUCCACCGUCGCCGACGCUCCCUCCCUCCCUCCUGCCCGCGGUGGGCGGCUGGCUGGCUGGCGCUCUCGCUUUCUUUCAGGCUGCUGCUGCAGAAGGGAUUUUGCACAAGACAACUUUUAGGCCGGUAGGAGUUUUGACUACCGCGGCGACAGCAGCAGCAGCAGCAAGACGGCGCCGACUGUAGUGCAAAGGGUCGGAGCAAGGCGAGCCGAACCGAUCCCGGGGGCUCAGGCAACAACCUCCGCCCUGCCUCCCCCACGCCCCGCGCCCGCCUCUCCCUCCCUCCCAAGCACCCCCCUUUUUUGAGGUUUUUGAAGACUUUGGUGAUUUUUGAAGCUUUUCCAAAACUUUCCCGACACUGUGCUUCGCAAGACGAAAAAAAUCGCAAGACGAAAAAACUCACGGAACGAAUUAAUUUUGUCUUGCGAGGCACCACUGUAAUAAUUUGGGUUUAGUCCUACUCAGAGUACAGUCAUUAAAAUCAAUGGCCGUGGAUAGCUUGGGUCUGUUCAUUUAAAUGGGUCUCCUCUGAGUAGGACUGACGUGAAUACAACACAAAGAUGGUGAGGCAUGUGGUAUGUUACAAGGGCUUUAAAUAAAGAUGAUGCCAAUUUAUCAGAGCAGUCAGCAUCUUGCAUGGUGCAGCAGUAGCAAUUUCCCAGGAGUGCUGAGCUAAGGCACUGCUGUUUAUUCUGGCUCUCUGCUCUCCAGGACCUGUUGAGAUGCUAAGCGUUGAGCUUGGGAUCAUCUGUGUGUAAAGCAUGUGCACCUCCCCUUUGCUAUGGCCAGAGCAGAUCUGACUUGCAUCGUUUUAUAAGCCACAAAGUCCAAACGUAGGAAGAUUCUGGCUAGCGAAAUACUUGUGGCCAGUACCUGGAGGCUGGAGCUAGACAGGACGCCCAGAGGAGACUUCUGACAUGCUGGGCAUUUGCAGUUGGAUCUUUUGAUUCUUAGUAGACCCUUCCAAAGAAGACCCUGGUGCUGGAGCCUUCUGGCAGAGAAGCAGACGAGCAACUCUGAGCUUCUCACUGAGUCUGCUGCUUCCUUCACUUCUGAGGCUGGGGAAGGCGAGUGUGAAGAAUCAGGAAUCCAGACAGGGCUUGGGAGGGGCUCAGAGGGGCUAUUGGGGGCUCAAGUGAGGCAUCUGUGAGAUGGAGCUCUUUAGGCUGCCUCAGGACUGCUGGGCUUUGGUGCAAGGCCCCAGGCUUCUUCCUCAGAAAAGCUUUUUGUGGGGUUUGGGUUGGGCAGGAUCCUGACACUUCGUUAAAAUUUGCCUUCGCUGCAGCAAAAGGAAGGAUGCCAUGCCAGCUAUUAUUGACAUAGAAUUUCUGUUUUGUAUGAAGAUUGUUCAUUGUUGAAAUACUGUCUUCUCAUGAGCCUCUCCGCUUGCUGCCAGGGUAUUUCUUAGCCCUGCUCUAGCCUGUUUGGGCUUCCUUGGGCUGCCACAGACAUUUCUCAAGCUCCACUUUAAUUCAGGCCUUGUGUAGGAGAGCUCCUUACUUGGAAAAGUGUUUUGUUUCUAAGAUAUUCUGAAAAUUCUUUUUCAAUUUGUGCCAUUAGCAGAUAAGGCUAGUUAUUUCCUUUUCUUUUCCCCCCAGCAGGAACAGAUUUCUUUGGGUAUCCAGCUACAUACUACUCAGGUCUACCCUAAGUUAAUCAUGUUCAUUCACUACAGUGGGCCAACUCUGAGUAGGGCUAGCAUUGGAUACAACCCUCUGGGUUUACUCUUUCAUCAGUCUGUUUAACGUUAUCCAGCUGGGGAGCCAGAAGAACUCGGCUGCAGAGCUAAUCCCUUUCCUUGAAUAACUCACUCCUGUAAUCUUGUGAUACAGACCUUCCCUCGUCUAGUGUCAAGAUGACGCUCUGCUUCCAUUCAUCCUUUGCAGGAGCCCUCUGAAUGAAGAUGUCUUUGCAGCAAGAAGCAAGGGGAUGAAGAGGGUUGACAAGGAGAUCUGGGAGCUCCAAGGACAGAUCUAUAAGCUGCUUCUGCAAGUAAGGAGGGGAAUGCAGCUCCAAGCAGGGACGCCUUCUGUCGGGUGGGGGCAGGGUGCAUGUCGGCAUUUUCCUCUUCGUGUGAUCCAGAGGCAUGCAGCUGACAGGAACGAUUGCUGCAACCCUUCCCAGGUUUUGGAAGACCUCUGUUUUUCUUUACUUCCAGCCUGUUUAUAGCAACGGUUCUAGCGGUUACGGAAGCCUUAUUAGCAAUGGAUCUUACGAGCACUACAUCAGUGUGGCGUCUUCCAGUGACUCCAAUGGGAACUGUGCGGAGGAAAUACAGAGAGAACUGGUGAGUCUCUGGUCAUUCACAACCUGCCUGCAGUACAGGUAGCAGCAGGGGGACAGUGUUUUGGUGGAGUGCCUCUUGCUUGUUAACCAGCAAGAAAGCUUAGGAAGGAAAUGGAUUUAGAGGGGUUUGAGUUAAUGGGUAUUCUAUUCUAUUUAAUUUUAAAAUUAUUUGUAAACUGCUCUUUGUCAAAGAGACAGAGGCCCUCUGCCAUUAAAUAUACCCGGUAAUGGGGCCGAGUCUACAAGCUGACCAUGGCUACAGCAUCCUGCCAUUUUUUUUGUACUGCUGUUUGUGUUCCACUGUUCCCUUCCCACCCACCCUUGCUUUUGUGUAACAUCUUGCCUGUUGAAGAGGCCCGAAGAGAACUUGAAAUCCCCACCCACCUUUGCAAUGGCUUGCUUGGUCCUAAUGAAAGUAUUGGCCAGCUGUGGGUCUGGGAGGUUUCUCUUAUGGACCAACAUUGCUACCUUUGCUUCAUUCAUCCUUUGUCCCCCCUGCCCCAGAUGUCCUUACAGCAGAUCUUUGUGGAUGCCAACAGACUCAAGAAUGUGGGUCAGCAGCUAUACAUUGAAUCUCACAGUAAGCCUCAAGAGGGGACUCCCAGGGCAGAGCAGCCAGGAGGUGAGUUCAUGGGGGCGACAAGGGAGAGGAAGGGAUGCAUCGUCGAGGGUGCCUGCCCCAAGAUGGGGAAAAUGGUCCAAGAUAGAUUGAUCUUUGGGGACAACAAACAUUAUAAUCUGGAGCCAAUGGGAAUGACAUUGAGACCAGGGGCAAGUAGCCAAGUGGUGGUGGCCGCCCCACUCCAUUGUAAGGGACGUUCUCUUUCCCCCUCCCCCCUCUCCCAAUUUUCUAGACCAAAAGCCAGGUGCUCCCCCUUCGACUCUCAUUGACCUACCAGCUGAAUCUUGUGAUGUUUUGAGAAGCACCAACCACGUCCUGUCCUAUCAGCAAAUUAACUGUAUGGACAGUAUCAUCAGGUAAUAACAACAUGGUGUCUUAGCAGGUGUCGAUGCUCCUGAAGUCUUGACUUCCUCAUCAGUCCAUGCUAGGCAUUUCUCAUGCCAGCAAAAUUCAGUUUCUUUACCUCAUUGUAAAAAGAAAAGAGUGAUCUGUCUGGGAGGCACUCGGAAUAAGGUUGUGCUGCUUUCUCUGGUGAAUCAUGUUAUUUCCCCUUUUUCUGUUGUUUUGGACUACUUAGCUUUCCUUUCUACAGCCUCAGGGCUCCCAAAGCAGGUUGGGGGAGGGGGAGACAUAAAUACAGUCGUACCUUGGUUUUCUAACAGCUUAGCUCUCGAACGUUUUGGCUCCCGAAUGCCACAAACCCAGAAGUGACUGUUCCGGUUUGCGAACUAUUUUUGGAAGCCGAACGUCUGACAGGGCUUCCGCGGCUGCUGAUUGGCUGCUUUGGUUUUUGAACGUUUUGGAAGUUGAAUGGACUUCCGGAAAAGAUUCCGUUCAACUUCCAAGGUACGGCUGUAAAUAGAAACGUUUAUCAAAAUAAAACCAUGCUCAAUUCUAGUAGUGUGGUAGAAAUUAUAUGGUGUCUGUAUGGAACCAAGAUUACAUUCAGGCAAUUCCCAGCAUCAUCCUAGGCACCAGCAUCUCCCCCCACAAAAAAAACCCUUGAGGUCAGCGGGUGGGGCUGAGCAGCUAGAUCUCCCUUGGCCCUUACGGUGGGGGGGGGGGGCACAGUUUGCUCUCCUGUUGGCAUCAUUAGACCAUUCUGUUUGUAUGUUUGAGUGUGGUGUUUUAUGUUUUCCCUAACAGACCAAUGUAUUAAGCACAGAAGUGCUUGAUAGAAUUUCCCCACUUUCUAAAGUGUCAGAGGACCAUGGGGGGGGGGGGCGAAGAGAAUACCUGCAUAAAUUCAAUGAAAGAGAGGAUUGGAUUGAUCCUGAUCUUUGAAACUUGCCUACUCCUUCGCUCCCAUUCUGAUUGGCUGGGUGAACAGCUUAUAUUCACGGACUUAGAAUAGGAAGAUGCUCAUGCCAGGCUCCUGAUUGCAGAUACCUGGAGAGUUGCAACAGUCCCGCCCUGAAAAGGAAGUGCGAGUCCUCUACCAAUGCAUCCUCUUCGUCCUCCGAUGACGACAAGCAGGCUCACCUAAGCCAGAAUGACAAGCAAAUCUUGGAAGGUGAGAGGGAGCACAGGAAGGUUUCAAGGGGUUUCCGUUUGCUGGCAGCUGGUGGGUCCUGGUGGUAGCUGUGCUAAUAGCUGUUUCUGCCAAUAUGCUCCAGUGCUUGAUGUGCUUUGUGGAAAUGACUUCCUACCCAGGUACUCUUUUUUCCCAUUUGAAAGCCCCACAUUUAAGUUGAUCAGCUUUUCUUUUCUUGGCUGUGCUUCUAUUACGUUGUAUCUUUGAAAGCAUUUGCUUUGAGGUUUUUAAGCGGAGGUUGGAUGGCCAUCUGUCUUGGAUGCUGUCAUUGAGAUUCCUGCAUUGCAAGGGGGUUGGGCCAGACGAAGCUCAGGGGUCCCUUCCAACUCGACAGUUCUAUGAUUUUUCUCCCACUAGAUGCUGCUGAGCUGCCCUUGGUUGAUUCCCAGCCACCUGCGACGCCCAACCUGGAAGGCGAUGUAGAGCAGCAGGCCCCAGCGAGGGUGGUGGGCGGUGCUACUGCAAUGACUGACCUGCCGCUGACUGCCAAAGCAUUGAGCGUGGUGUCCGCAACCAGCCAGUGCAGCUACAGCAGCACCCUGGUCCACUUCCCACACCCGGAGUCAGGUAGGUUGGCAGACGGAUCUUGCUCCUCUCCUGAGAAAAACACACAAGCCUCCGAGCUCCUUUGCUUACCCACCCGCCUCCUCUCCCAAGCAAGUGGUGUUUGUCUGCAUAAGUCACAUCCGGUUAGAAUGGAUGAGGCUCCAGGCAGGGCUGGUUGUUCUGCUCUCCCGUCUUGGGGUCUCAGCACAAACAAGUGAGCCAUGCCCUCCUCGAAGGCUUUGGGAGGAUGGCCCCUGGAUGCUGUCCUUGUCCUCCGGCAGCGGUGUAGGAACCUCACUCAGUGAUUGGGGGGGACAAAUUGCUUCCUGUUUAUAGGAGACAUCCAUUGCAAUGAGCACCAGUCACCUUGAUUUCAGGUAGGGACCUUCCAGUUCUGUUCCAGGGAGCACACUUACAGCAGUUCCUCUGGACUUCCUUACUUUGCCUGGCUAGACAUUUGGGCCUAAGUAGAAGAGGGAGGCCCAGUGCCCAACCAGCUGAGAGCCCCAAACGCCUUCUCCUCCUCCACCACCACCACUUCCUCCUCCUCUUUUUCCCCAUAUCAUUCCUGUGCAGCAGAUUCUCGGCGGGAUAACUUUGAUUCAGAUGCUGUCAAUCAAACGGUAUCUGAGUUGCCGUCCAUGUGGCAUGUGGCUCCCCCUUUUGCAGCCUGAAUAAUCCAUUCCGGUAGCCCUGCACAACAUCUAGGUGAAUAUUUGGGUGGCAGAGAAGGAGGUUCCCGAGUGUUGUCGGCUGCCUCCUUGGGAAAGUGUGGCUGACUGUCCUCCUCCUACCCCUCGCAGAAGCCACGGCGCUCGAAGAAGCCACUCUGCAAGGCGAGCAGGUGGAGCCAUCGCUGGCCAACCCCACGCCCAGCGCAGCUGGGGCUGGAGCCACCCAGGAGGAAGUCAGACUAGUGGGGCUGACCAAAGAGGUCUUGUCGGCUCACACGCAAAAGAAGGAGCAGGAAUAUGUGGACCGUUUCCGCCAGAGGGCCCUGCUGUCCUCAUACCAGCCAGCCUACCUCCAGCACGGAGGGGCCAGGAGCAGCCAGCCUCCUUCCCAGGACCAAGGUAGGAACCAAGUGAGCAGCAAUGGUGAGGGAAGCAGAGCUGUGGCAGCUCCCCAUAGUGUUCUUGCUCUCCUCCCUACAGGCCACUGAAACCUGCUUCUCUGUGUUCAGGGAAAUAGCCCUCCCCAUAUUCUUGAAUGGUGUGUGUUAGGGAAGAAUUUAGCUUAAGGGCUUAGAGCGGUCUCUCUUAUUUGGCUAGGGAACAGGGUGCUAUGAGUCUGCUAGAAGCCAGCUUGCUUGCUGCUGUACCCAAGAAUACAGCCUGUGCCACGUUGCAGUUGUAGCCUAGGUUGCAGAUUGCGCUCGUAAGGGAGGAGCAGAGGCACACCAGAGACGCGUCUUUAUUGUGAGAGCAAAAUGAAAGGUAGUUUUUGGAUUGACUGUCUCUGAGAAGGGAGGAAGGGAAGGAGAAGCGAGCAGCAGUGAGGCAGAGGAGGCUGGAAAGUGAGAGAGUUUCCCUCCUUAUAUCUAAGAAAUGCGUCGGGGGUACGGGUGGGGGAAUGAAGGUCUUUCAGCGGCAAGAAGAGGAGGCUUCUUGCAGUCAGGUUUUGCUGAGGGCAGAACGAGGCCCCCAAAGAGCCAGACCAGGCUCCUGCAUUCAUCUCCUGACAGCGCCUUGAGAGAAGCGGUUCAGGGGUGCGCAAAGAGACUCCCAGCUAGGACUUCUGCAGGCCCAAGAGCCGAGCAAGGCCCAAGAGAAGAGGGUAUGCCAAGAGGACUGCACCUGAAACCACAAAGUGGUGCUGCCUUGCCAGAGCAGCCAAACUGUUGCCCUCUAGUUGCUGUUGGGCUCCAACUCUCUUCUCCUGGGUGGGGAGCACCUGCUGGGGGAAAGACUGCAGGAGAGGGGGAUGGGAGAGGGCCUUAGGGUCAGGCAGGUGUCAGGAUGGGCAGUGCGACUGCCUGCUUUCCAUCCUCAACUGGCAACCGAUGCUGCUUCUGCGCCUCUCCUACUGUCUAUGGCAAAAGCGCUCUUGGCUUAACCCCUUCCUUGAAUGGUCACUUAAACAAAGGAUGCUGCUCCCGCCUGCCUCUCUCUCUCCUCACAAUUUCCCCGCCUUUGGCUUCUUCCUCUGCAGACGACGUCUCUCCAAAGCAGACCAGGCCAGUGGGCUGGAAAAGGAAGACCAAGCCGGGGAAGUUCAAGCGCCAGAAACCACUGGGCUCCCCCGACAGCAGGAGUGGUGCUUGGGAGGCGGAUGCUUCCCAGGGACCCCACCCUGGGGCCCCGAGCUUCACCCUCCCUGCCGAUCCUUAUGCAGCAACGCCUGGUUUCCCUGUCGCCUCUCUGGGAGGAGGCUCUGUCUUGCCGCCUUCUGCCACUGCAGCAGCCCCAGCCACACCACCUUACCUGCCCUGCAGCAUCCAGCCCCUCCCAGCAUUCCCUGCUCCAUACAUGGGCGGCUUCAUGACUGUCCUCUUUCAGAAUUUCCCAGCGUAUCCUCCGCCGCCACCGCUGCCUCUUUUCGCCCCUCCGCCUUCCUUCCCUGCGCAGCUCUUCCCCUGCCCCUCUGCUGCUUCCUACCCCUGCCCUGUGAUGCCCCCAGGCCCUCCUUCUGCUCUCCCCAUGGCAGCGCCAGGCCCCAUGGAGCACCCUUCGCCCCCCUCCACCCCAGUGUCUGCUGCCGAGGAAGAGCAGCCUGCAUCCUCGGGGGACCCGCCCCACCAGAGGCUCUUCAGCAACUCCCGGAGCAGCUCCCCUCUGCAGCUGGACCUGCUUCAAGAAGAGCUGCCCAAACCACUGGAGCUGUCCGGCACAGCACAGGCCGCCCUGGCAGGCACAGGAGCCAUGUGUGUAAGUUCCUGCAAGGGGGAUCCUGGAUGAGGUUUUGGGAAGCGUUGGCUGCCAAUGGUGGCAGAUUCAGGGGGGAAAUAGCGUAGUGCGCAAGGAAUGCCACUCCCCACAACCCCGGCUGUUUUCUUGCUCCGCGGGCCACAGAAGGAGCUUCUCCGUCACAGAUCUGUGGGGCCUUGUGAAGCUGGUGGUGGGGCAUCCCACCCAGAGAUCCCUUGCAGUCCAUGCUGCUUAUUCCGCUUGGGUUUGGGUGGUGCUCUGCACAUGGGGCACGGCAGCUGCAAACAUGGCGAUUCAUUCCUCCUCCCCCCCCCCUUUUCUGUCCUGGUCCUUCUGGCUCUUUCGGGAGCCGCCUAACAGCAGACGGUGGUUGUUCUAAUUACGCCCUCUGUCUCCCAGGGAUGCAGCUAAGGAGCGAAGAACAGGGACUUCCUGCGUUGGGUCGGUUUCCGUUCCGCUGUGUUCUCAGAGGUGGGAAUCUGAGUUCUGCAGGCAAAGAGGAAAAAAUGUAUUGGUUCUUGAAUCCAGAUUGGACUGGGGAAGCUGGCACAGCUGCACUUUGGAUGGGUAGAGGGUCCCAGGCACAUACAGCUGCUGUAGCUGUGAGUUGGGCGCAGCCGACUGUGGAAAUGAGCCCCCCUUUGUGUGUGUUCUGUGUUGUCGUCUACCAUGUGCUUCAUGUCUGUGGCUGCAUUGUGUCAUAUGAAACAGCAGCGGGAAGCUUGUUUGGUCUCUGUUGGCAGGAGAAAUCCUUGGGUUUAAAGCACCCACCCCUCCAGAUGUUUUGGGCUCCUAUCAGCCCCUGCCAGCCUGUCCGUAGUGCACUGGGAGUUGUAAUCCAAACAAUCCGGAGGACAGGUUAAGGAAGUUUGCAGGGCUCGUGGGCCGUAUUCGCGUGACCAUAUUAUCUGGCUCCGCGACAGGAGUCUUUUACUUUCAGAACCAGCUGAGCUGGUACCAGCUGCUAAUCCUGACCCCACCUGGGUGCCUGCAGAAAGCACCGCCAUCUCUCCUUGAGCCUGGCAGUGACUUUGUGUGGAUGGAUUUGUCCCAUUUCCUUUGCAGGAUGAGGACGGGGAGGACAGCGUGAACAAUGACAGCCACUCCGUCUCCAGUGAGUUCUUCGACCUUUUGCUACUGGAAGAUUCCCAGUCUGGAAGUAGCUCAGCGACCUCUGGCAGUGGGUCUGCCGAGUCCAGCUCCUUGGUCUCUGGGUCCAACGGCUCCAGCUCCAACGAAACCUCUGGUUGUGGCACAGGUAAGGCAAGCACUCUGGGCACGAGAGGGAGACCCUGAAAUAUUUGAUGGUGGCAAAUGUUAGUCCAUGGAUGGGGCAAGCCAGUGCCUUACAAUGCGCUGUGUGAAGGAGGACUUCCUUUGUCUGUCCUGAAUCUUCCAACAUUCAUCUUCUUCUGAUGUCCCCAGCAGCUAGUAUUACGGGAGAGGGAGAAGAGCUUCUCCUGAUCCACUUUCUCCACUCAAUGGGGGAAGUUGUUCCAUCCCUUAAUUAUUUUGAUUGCCCUGUUUGAACCUUUUCCUGCUCUGCAAUAUGCUUUUUGAGGUGAGGUGAUCAGACAGUACACAAUACGGUCCUACCUCGAGUUACAGACGCUUCGGGUUGCGCACCACGCCGAACCCAGAAGUACCGGAACGGGUUAUUUCCCCGGUUUCGGCGCAUGUGCAGAAGCGCUAAAUCACACUUUGUGCAUGCGCAAAAGCUCUGAAUUGCAACCCACGCGUGCACAGACAUGGCGCUGUGGGUUGCAAAUGUGCUUCCCGCAUGGAUCACGUUCGCAACCCGAGCGUCCACUAUGCUUCAAAGGCACUCACACAACACAUUUGUAUAAGGGCAUUGUGAUACCAGCAGUUUUAUUUUCAAUUCCUUUCCUAACGAUCUCUAGCGUGGAAUUUGCCUUUUUCACCACUGCUACACACUGGAUCAACGUCUUCAUUGAGCUAUCUGCUACAAUCCCAUUCUGACCCCAUGAGCAUAUAUGUGAAAUUAGAAUUUUUUGCUCCUGUGUGCAUCACUUUGCACUUGCUUACACUGAAUGUCAUGUUAUAAUUUCCUGCGCAUAGACCCCACUUUGGAGCUCCUCAGAAAUCCCUCUUUGUUUUAACCACUUAGAACAAUUUGGCAUCAACACCAAACAAGUCUACCUGAGUGCUCACUUCAACUCUAGAUCAUUUGUGAACAAGUUAAAAAAAACAGGGCCAAGUACCGAUCAUAGGGGGAUUCUAGAUCACUCCUUUUGGAGGACUGCCCCUUGAUUCAUGCUGCUUAACAAGUUCCUUAUCCACAGGAGGAUCACUCCUUGGCAGUUUCAUGUUUUUGCUCUCGGGUGCAUGUCAGUCUUUAAUUUGUCAAUAAAAACUGCCCCUUGUCACUGCUGUUUGCUUCAGUUCCUCAGACUCCCUUCCUUUGAAAGUAGUUCAGGCACAGGAGGGAUCUGUCCAGCGUCUCCCACUGUGAAGACAGAUGCAAAGAAUUUGCCUUGGGAUCUCUGCAGCCCCUUUUUCUUGAGUGACUAGGCCACAACUUAGAAGGAGAGGAAGUGCUGUGUGUGUCGGCUUCCACAGAAAGAGAAUCCCAAAGGGAUUUGCUAGCAGGGGAACGGCCACCCUCCUCCCUGCCUUGAGAUUGGCCUAUGCAGAAACCCACAUUUCAUUUGUGUCCACCCACCUGUCUCCAAACAGGCAGCGGAAACAGCAGCAAAUACUUUGCCAGCAAUGAUUCCUCCGAGGUCUCAAAAAGGGGGAAGAACAGCGAAGAAGGAGGAGAAGAGGCAGAACGGCCACCGCGGCCAGCCAGGUUGGUGUGGAGGACAGUGAAUAGUUUGCCUGAACCAAUCCAGAUGACCUACCAAAUGCCAAAGCGGUGAGAAAACGCCUUUGCUUUGCUACUUCUCCAAACUAGGUAGGCCCUCCUGCCUUCCAGAAGGCAGCGCUGGGAAAAUUGGGAUGAGGAAGGGCAAGCAGUUCAGGAAGGGGAGCAAAAUAGGAUUUCCGUAGCUUAGUCACCAGCAGGCCGCGUGAUGUUUGCCCCCUUGUGAGGUGCUUGACACACUGGGUUUUUAUUGUUGCUGGGAGUGGUGGCUAUUGAGGGAAGUCUUCUCCAUCAAGGAAAAUCUCCUGAAACUUUCACAGGCACCAUCCCGGUCUGUCUCCGCACUGGAGCAGAAAGAGCAUGUUCUGAUGAGCAUCUUAACACAAUGGAUGAAAUGCAGAAUGUUUUUGUUUUUUUAAUAAUGGGUCAGGAAGAGAGGUUAAUGGAGGAAAAGAGAGCCAUGUGCAGCCCAGUCCCGGGUGGGUGGAUGGAUGUGUUGCCAAGGGGCAGAUCUGCCUUUCAUGCAGAGUCUUUGGAGUUACAUUUGGGAGGUCCUCUCAUCACUCUGCUGCCUCUUCCCUAGGCUGUUGUUGAGAAGGCAGAGGCAGCCCUGAAAUGUCUUUGGAGUUGUUUUCAGGAACCUGAAGUGAUGGACCAGUUUGAGGAAAAGCUUAUACAGAACAGAGAAGUGCUUUGGGUGGGGCUUAGGUUUUGCAUCAAAGUGCAAAAUAUGGAUGGCAGAGAGCUUGUGAUUGGAAAGCAGGGAAGAUUCAGUUCAGAACGGAUCUGUUGGGCCUCCAGAUGUUGGAUUAUCUAAACUCCACCCUAGUGUCCAGCAGGAUCAAUGAUCAGGGACAACGGCAGUGGGAGUUGCAGCCCUCUAGGCAUGGCUGGGGUACAAAAGACCUGCUUUUCUGUAGCUUUUGCAGCUAAUGUUGUUUCAAGGCUUCUAAGAUUUUGGAGGGUGCCGCACCUUCUCUGUAGGACUCUGGGUGGUGUGAACUAGCUGAACUUUAUGCAGAAGAUUGUAGGAGGAGGUGAUGUCAGGAUUUUGGCUUUGUCGGGCUGGUGCCUUUUUAUCUAGCCAGCUUCUCAUCUCUUGCAGAAUUGCAGAGGAGGUGCUGAAAGAGGACCUGGAAAAGCUGGCCACCCUGGAGAGCAAGCAGCCCUGUUUCUCAGAAAGGCAGAAGGAGGAGCUGGCAGAGGUCCACCCCUGGAUUCGCACCCAGACUGUCCCCCAAGAAAUUGACACCCAAGUAAGGAAACCUGGGUGCAUGGAAGCUGGUACUGUGGGUUUCAAAUCCAUGUGCUCUCACUGUACUUUUUCCGGCAACUGCUCAAAACAUUUUUGUUAGGGCCAGCCCAUCUGAACACGUAGAAGCUGCAUGUGAUUUACUUCCUUUUAACCACUGCUGACUUCAGUCGUCUUUUGAAUACUCUUAAAUACCUGCUUUUAACUGUGUUUUAUCAAUCAUUUUAAUGUUCUGUUGCAUAUUUUUGUAAACUGUUUAGGAGCUCUCUUACCAUCACGCUGUUUAUAAUAUAUAACAACAAAUUCAAUUUAAAACACACACACACUCCUUUUCCUUUCAAAUUGAGUUUGAGCCUUAGUUCAACAUACUAUUCAGUAACUGUCCUCAAGUAGAGAUGGGAAGGCCUGGAAAAAAACCAGAAAAAAUUGCAGGGGGAGUGGAGAGGUUUUCCCUCGGUUUUUUCCAAAACUGUUUUUUUAGAAGUCCAUGAGAAAAAUGACGAAGAGGAAGAAGAAAUGGAAAAUGAUAGUAGUAGUUCAGAAAAUGAGAUAGAAUAAACUGCAUGUAUAUGUUGUGUCUUCCGUUCCUUUUGUUAAAAAAACACUACUCAAAGGGUAGACCUAUGGAACUUAAAUAUUGAGUUGGACCUUGACUUUAUUUGCUAUUGGUGCUGUGGCAAAUCUGAUUAUUUUUUAUGUUGAUGCUUUUUUGCUUUUUUUGUUGCUUUAGAGGGAAAAGGGGGGGUGUUACCUGUUUUAUUUCAAUUCAAAUAAUUUGUAAAGCUACUCCACACUUAACUUUUUUUCUAUUUUUCCAAAAUUUCUAUUUUUUACGGGGGGAAACAGUUUUUUCCUCAUGGCUUCAAAAUUUCUGGAAAUUGUACAUCUCUAAGCUGGAGCAGGUGGACCUUUCGUCCUGCCCAGGAGGGCUCCAUUCUUCCAUGUUACUCACCAACUUCCUUCCCUUUCUAGGGCUGCAUCAUGUGUGACAACAGGAAUGCCGGCUUGACUGUUGUUGCUGGGCUGGAAGACAGAGAUCCUCAAGAAGAGGACAGCAAGGACCUCCUUGAUGAGACACUGCUGCUUCCACUACAGGCACCGCCCUAG